AUGGAGUCUCUCAACCUUACUUCCUCAUCUUACAGAACCAACCUUACAUUAUCCAUACUACUUCACCACAGACUUAAAACCAAUAUAUCAAGAUACCCCUUUUACCCAAAGGCUCCAUCUUUGCUGCGGGAUGCUGGUGUUACAGGACGCUGUAUCAUUUUCUGCAAGUACAAAACAUCCAAGGAUGAAGUCGGUGGCCAGAAGAAGCCCUCCAGGAUUGUGCUCCCGGAGACAAAUGGAGCUCCCUCCCUAUCUUCUGAGGAUGGACCCACCGGAAACAGCAAAAAUGGUAGCCCGUUCAGCCCACAAAAGCCUCCACCUCCGGCACGAAAGAAUAAGAAAACUGGUUCUGGGUUUGCAAAGAGUUUGUCGAAAAGGGUCUUAUCAAUCCUCUCUAAUUUGCCUCUGGCUUUAGCAGAGAUGGCCACGAUUGCGGCUUUGAUGGCUUUGGGAACCUUCAUCGAUCAAGGCGAGGCUCCAGAUUUCUACUUUCAGAAGUAUCCCGAAGAUAAUCCUGUUCUGGGAUUCUUCACCUGGAGAUGGGUUCUCACCCUUGGUUUUGAUCACAUGUUCUCUUCUCCUGUUUUCUUAGGAACAUUGGUCCUUUUAGCAGCAUCGCUCAUGGCUUGUACGUACACUACGCAGAUUCCGCUAGUUAAAGUAGCAAGAAGAUGGUCUUUUUCAUACUCAGCUGAGUCAAUUCGGAAGUUAGAAUACAGUGAUACUCUGGCCCAAGCGUCAAUUAAGGAUUUGGGUGUUAUCUUGAUGGGACAUGGAUAUGAGGAGGAACUAUCACUGCUGCUGGUAGCUUCAGAGGAUCUGUAA